ACUCGCGCUGCUGAAGGCUUGGUAACGCAACUUUGCGCUCAGGGAUGCGGGCGCGACGAGAAGCCUGAUCAUGGCUUUGUAUUGGAUAUAUCCGUCCAUUUUUAUCCUCUACGCUGUCAGACCGUGCCUAGGAUUGAGGAAUUACCCAGACAAUGAAGUUACGCUGUUGGACUCGGUGUCGGCGUUGGGCGAUCUGGGCUGGGAGGCCUACCCAGCAGAGGGGUGGGAGGAGAUUAGUGUGAUGGACGAACGGAACACACCUAUGCGCACCUACCAGGUGUGCAACGUGAUGGAGGCCAAUCAGAACAACUGGCUCCGCACGGGGCUGAUCCCGCGCCACGGCGCCCAGCGCGUCUACGUGGAGAUCAAAUUCACGCUGCGCGACUGCAACAGCCUGCCCGGUGUGCCGGGCACCUGCAAGGAGACCUUCAACGUCUACUACCACGAGUCCAACUCGGAGACGCCGCCGCCGCUGCGGCACCUGCGCGAGAGCCAGUACGUCAAGAUCGACACGAUCGCGGCCGACGAAAGCUUCACGCAGACGGACGUGGGCGACCGCGUCAUGAAGCUCAACACGGAGGUGCGCGACAUCGGCGGCCUGACGAAGCGCGGCAUCUACCUGGCCUUCCAGGACCUGGGCGCGUGCAUCGCGCUAGUCUCUGUGCGCGUCUUCUACAAGCGCUGCCCGCUCGCCGUGCUCAACUUGGCGCGCUUCGCCGACACGGUCACCGGCGGCGACUCGGCGCUGGUGGAGGUACGCGGUGCGUGCCUGGAGGACGCAGAGGAGCUGGAGCCUCCACGGAUGUUCUGCAGCGCCGACGGGGGCUGGUUGGUGCCCAUCGGGCGCUGCGUGUGCCGCCCGGGGUUCGAGGAGGUGGACGGCCACUGCCAGCCCUGCCGCUCUGGCUUCUACAAGGCCUCCGCCAUGGACGCGUACUGUGUGAAGUGUCCCCCACAUAGCUAUUCCCACCAGGACAAGGCGUCCGAGUGUGUGUGCGAGAGGGGCUUCUACCGUGCCGAGACUGACCCCCGCUCCAUGGCCUGCACACGUCCACCCUCAGCUCCGGGCACCCCUAUCUCCACGGCCAACGAGACGGCCGUGACCCUGGAGUGGAGCCCUCCGCGGGACAGCGGUGGCCGCGGCGACGUGACCUACAGUGUCCACUGCCGCAGGUGCUCGAGCGAGUCGGGCGCGGAGCGCUGCACGCCGUGCGGCGGGAGCGCGCGCUUCAACCCGCGGCAGUUCGGCCUGGCGCUGCCGCGCGUGCUUGUGACGGAGCUGCUGCCACGCACCACCUACAGCUUCAGUGUGGAGGCGCUCAACGGCGUGUCGCACCUCAGCCCCAGCCCCCGCACGCUCGCCACCGUCAACAUCACCACCAGCCAGACCGUGAGUGUGGUUCUGAAGGAGAGACGGAGCAAGGACAGCAUCACACUGGCCUGGCAUGGCCCGGACUCCUCGGAGGGGAAUGUGCUGGAAUACGAGGUCACCUACUAUGAGAAGAACCAACGAGACCAAAACUACACGGUCCUGAAGACCAAGGCCAAUGUGAUGACGGUGGACGGACUCAAGCCGGGGACGACCUACGUGUUCCGAGUGCGGGCCCGCACUGAAGGUGGCCAUGGCAACUACGGUGGCGAGAUCGAGCUGGAGACGAGCCAUGAGGACAUGCUGGCCGUUGGAGACCCCAACCAGUCCACCAUCCUGGCUGCGUCCGUCGCGGGGGGCAUCGUGUUGCUGGUCCUGUUGGUAGCAUGCUUCGUUGUGAGUGGAAGACACUGUGGCUACAUAAAGGCCAAGCAGGACCCAGAGGAGGAGAAGAUGCAGUUCCAACAUGGCAGAGUCAACCUGCCAGGCAGCCGGACCUACAUCCACCCACACACAUAUGAGGAUCCCAACCAGGCUGUCCGAGAUUUUGCCCAGGAGAUUGAUGUGUCCAACAUCCGCAUUGAGAGAGUGAUUGGAGCAGGAGAGUUUGGGGAGGUGUGCAGCGGGCGCUUGCGUCUGCCCAGCAAGAGGGAGAUCCACGUGGCCAUUAAGAGCCUGAAGGCCGGCUACACGGAGCAGCAGAGACGCGACUUCCUGAGCGAGGCCAGCAUCAUGGGCCAGUUUGACCACCCUAACAUCAUACGCCUGGAGGGAGUGGUCACCAGAUGUAAGCCAGUAAUGAUCAUAACAGAGUACAUGGAGAACGGCUCUUUGGAUACCUUUCUAAAGAAGCACGACGGCCAAUUCACCGUCCUUCAGCUCCUAGGCAUGCUGAGGGGCAUUGCGGCGGGCAUGCAGUACCUGUCUGAGAUGAACUACGUGCACCGUGACCUGGCCGCCCGCAACAUCCUGGUUAACAGCAACCUGGUGAGCAAGGUGUCCGACUUUGGGCUAUCACGGGUCCUGGAGGACGAUCCGGAUGCUGCUUACACAACCCGGGGGGGUAAGAUUCCUAUCCGCUGGACUGCGCCGGAGGCCAUUGCCUAUAGGAAGUUUACCUCAGCCAGUGAUGUAUGGAGCUACGGCAUUGUCAUGUGGGAGGUCAUCUCUUACGGAGAGCGGCCAUACUGGGAAAUGUCCAACCAAGAUGUUAUCAAGGCCAUAGACGAGGGCUACCGGCUGCCGGCGCCCAUGGACUGCCCAGUCGUGAUGCAUCAGCUGAUGCUGGACUGCUGGGAGAAGAACCGCAGUGAGCGGCCCAAGUUUGGCCAGAUCGUGUCCACCCUGGACCGUCUCAUCCGCAGCCCCAGCUGCCUGAAGCCCCUGGCCAACAGUGCUGUCUGGGAGGACCCCCCAUCUCCAGAGGCGGGCGUCAGCACAGUGGAGGACUGGCUAGAGUCCAUUAAGAUGAGCCAGUACAAGGAUCACUUCACCACUGCUGGUUACGUCACCCUGGACUCUGUGCUGUACGUCAGCGCCAGCGAGUUGGGGAAGUUGGGUGUGGCUCUGGCAGGCCACCAGAAGAAGAUCCUCACCAGCAUCCAGAGCCUCCAGGCCCAGCAACAGGGAACCCAUGUCCAAGUAUAACACUCUGCUCAAAGCGUCCCUUCAGCCCCUUCCGGAGACUCACAGAGACAGAUGGGGGGGGGGGGGGGGGGGGUGCCUGGGUCUCCUGCCCCCCAGGGAGAGAGAGGUUUUGGGGGGAGGGGGUCCCUCCACCAGUAGAGUCCUUCAGUCCAUCCACCCUGAGAAGCUUUUGCUAGCCUCUCCACAGCCGAACCCUGGAAGGAGGAUUGUGUAACUGUCUGACAGAACAUCAUCUGGAGGACUUGUUGUGCUGAAGGGUUGAUCAUUACAUCUUGUGGAUUUUUCAAAUCCAGAUUUAGAAAGAAACACCAGAACACUUUUCUUUUUUGCUAUCUGAAGUGGAACACAUGGACCAACGCACCUCGACAAGGGGUCAACACGGCACUUUGACGCCCAUUGAAGACUUUGUACAGAAAAGACUUCCUAUCGCUCAGAGGAGCAAGACCAUGUCUGCUGGUGGAUUUUUAGACAGUUUUGACACUUUCGCCACAGAUGGUCUUAUGCUAAGCUAACACAAAGCUGUUUUAAUGUGUAUUUUUGUUUGUUUAUUUGUUUAUUAGUGCGUAUUAUAAGGCCAAAUGGACCUUACCUGAGAAGAUGUGCAUAAUUAGUAGGGUUAACUCAGUGGACUUGUUCUGGUACGAACAACAUGAUGACCAGAGCAGGUUCAGUAUGUUGACCUAACAACGCUACAGUAGAGAUCUGGGACGAGAUGGUGUUGGCCUUAAUAAAUCCCCUGAGAGAGACUGAACCUUGGUGGGUUGUAAGACUGGCCACCAUAUAGACCUUAACUGGAAAUAUGAAUCGGAGCUCAGACAAAUGGUGACAGAUUCAGCGAUAUGUUAUCGAGAACUCUGCAGGAUGGCAUUUGAUGGCUUCCUGACAGUGUGUGUGUGUGUGUGUGUGUGUGUGUGUGUGUGUGUGUGCGUGCGUGCGUGCGUGCGUGUGUGCAUGCGUGUAUGUGUAUUUGAGGAGGGAGAGACCAGCAUACUAACAUCAAGAAGGAAACCACAGCAACCACUUCUGACUGCAUCAAGCGCACUAUAGUGCUGGCAAAUGAUGCAAGCAUGGCAAACAAGGAUGAGGGGGAACGUUCUUGCGCACACUGACAUCGCUUGAUAUCACACUCCAUUUUGAUCCUUUUUUUUCUAUGGAGUUCAAUGAAGAGCCUUCCCUCUUCUGUGUGUUUUGAAAACUUCUCAAGCGGUAUUAUCUUUUUACUUUCCUAUCUUUCUACCCAUCUCCCUCUGGCUUUUCUGUCUUUCACUCUAAUUCUGUCAGCCACUCUUUCCUCCUGCCCUUCAGAUGUUAGUAACCCUCUGAAACGCUCAACGUUUGUGUUCAUAUUUAGCGCCAUGUUUAGCUGUGGUAAAAGCCGUACGCAAACGUUCAGACUUUAGCAGAAGCUGUAUAUGAUUCUGUGGUCUUCGCACAUUCAGUAUUUAUCAUAGUGUCAUCCUGUCUUGCCGUAGUGCAGACUUGUAUGGUCGGUGGAUCUACACAGUAUAGAAUGUAUAUUUGUCUUGAACAGUGAGUCGUGUAGUGUAGCUUUCUGCUGGUACCUGAAUGAACAAUGGCGAUGCCAAUUAUAUUUCUCUCUCUCUCUCUCUCUCUCUCUCUUUCUCUCUCUCUAUCUCUCUCUCACUAUAUUACUCUCUUUCUAGUAAUCUCUCUACUCUCGUUCAUUCAGUUUCGUGUCAGCAUUAUUAUGAGGGGGUUUUGAAAAAAAAGAGCUGUUAACGUAUUGGUGGUCGUGUUUCGAUAUCUCAGAGAAAUUGGUUUCAUCUGAAUGAAAGCUCAUUCUCCGUCCCAUCUCAAAAGCACAGCUUCGUCUUUCCCUUGCAAUCCGCUCCAGCGAUGCUAGCAAUGAAGCACGCCGUCCAGCAUUACCUCACGGAAGACAUAUUAAGAUAUUGUUUUUCCCAGAUGAAAAUGAAAUACUGGAAGAAAAUAUAUAGUAAGUAUUUGAUUUGUCACAAGGUUUAGAAUCAUUCAUUACUCUUCCAAACAGCCUUCAUCUUGGCUUUCUUCGUCUUCCAUGAUCUUUUUCAUAUAUUCGACAUUUAAAGCAGUUUUUGUUUCACACAACAUUUUCCAAUCACUAGCAUUGCUAAACCAAUGGGUCACACAUUUGACCACACCACAAUAAGCCAUCUUCUAUAUGCCAUUAAAAGCCAUUGUAUCAGACGUCAGAGUUGGUUAUGAAAUGAGAAAGAUUGUACCUCAGUGUAAAGUUGUACAGUGUUGCUUCAUGUAUGAACUGUUUUCUGUGCUAAUAUUUUUAUUAUCGGUUUCAUUUGUAAGAACAUUGUUUCUCUCCCUCUUUUUCUGUUGUUCAUACCAGCUUUGACUGUAUCUCUUGUUGGAAAGGCCUGUGGUUCAAUGGAAUGUAAUAUGGAUGUAGUAGCUUUACAGGGGCCAGGCAAGUUCACUAUCUCAGGAUGCCAUAGAAAAUGCGUUCUUCUCACAUUUGGACAUAGCCACUGCCACACAAAACACAGGUGAAGUCCUCAGAUCUUCCUGAUUCUGCAUAUGGUUGAUGUUCUGCCAAUACGUUUUAUUUUGUCAUGGGUCAAUUUCUGUGAGCCACUUUGCCCAAUUAAGGCAUUUAAAAAUGCAUUCUGUCAGUCAGAAUAAAUAUUUAAACCAGUAUUUAGUACCCAAAGCCUUUCCCAACACCUCUCUAUUAAAUAUUUCAGGCAUCACUGUUACAGAAUGCAGUUUAUUUAAAUUAAUAAUCUGACCGCAAUACAGAAAAAAAAAAACCAUAAUUUGAUUGAAGCACUGAUGGAACAAUGAUUGCUAUUUAUUUAUUCAUUUCAUUUUAGUGAAGCAAGGAAACAUAUGAUAUGUGUAUUACUUCCAUUAAUAUUUAUAACCAAGAGUUUAAUUGAAAGAGCAGGCACCUUUGCUUACACAAAUGUGAGAUUUUCUUAACUGCCAAAUUAGCAGGGCAUAUGUGUCUAUUCAGACUUCUCAUUUCCCAUGUGAGAGCAACAAUGCGAGCUAAUUAAACAGGGAAAUGCAAAAUAUCCCUUAAAAAAAUCAUUGCUAUUCAAGCUCCUAGGUAUCAAAACAUAAACACACAUCACUGAACACCCUCACCAUGGAUUGCAUGAAUCAUGUGCAUAAACAUGAGUGCCAAAAAGGAAAUAAAUAAAUGGUUUAGUGGGGAAGGUGAAGAAAACACGUUGUGCAUUCACAAUGAGAAGUAAACAAAUAAACAGGAUACACUGCAUACUUCUUUUCCCUUAUGUGUGCACUUCUGCAGUUUUACAGAAAGUGAAGUAAGUCCGUGAAUCAGAAGGAAGUACUUUUAUGUUAUCAUGAUGUUAUAUUUUUUAUUUGUAAUAUGUUCAGAUCGAAUCAGAUUAUAUACUGCUGCACUCUGUUUCAUAAGAAUAUAAAAACAGAAUAAACACUAUGAGUAAUAUUAGAGUAUGGGAAGGAUCAUGGAUUAGUUGGUUAGCUUGUGUGUGUGAGUGUGUAUAGUGCAUGUGUGCUUGCGUGUGCAGGCACACACACAUUCCUGUGUGUGUGUUGUUUGGUUAUAGGAAAGGGAGGUUCAUGGUUUAUAAGUAUGAGUGGUAUAUUUCUUAGUUGGAGUUUUGUGUUUAGGCUGUGACAGUCCGAGUCCACCAUGUCUGGCCCAGGUGGUCAUCUCAGCUUGUUCAGCACUCUUAUCAAAGUCAGACCCAAUGCUUGGGUCACAGCUUUCCAUCCAACAUUCACUUCUUGCCCAUUUUUCUUUAAUUAUUAUUGUAUUUUGUGGCCAUUUGUUUACUUGUUGCAGUUUCACCUAAGCUCUUGUUAAAACUGUACGCAUUCAAAACAUUGUGUCUAAUAAAUAUGCUGAUAUUUUUAAUUUCUCACCGUG